ACCCACUGCGGAAACGACAGACGAUUUGUCGCGAGAGAGGGUUUGUUUACAUAACAGGUUAAGUGAAUUUACGUAGUAGGUUAGAAGAAUUACGUUAAUGUUAGGAAAAGAGUUAGGGUGAGAUUUCGCCUCAAAAUUACAGUCAAGUGUUAUCCCCGACUCGACCACUAGAUGAAGCUGUAGGCCAAAUCCUUCUAGCCAUAACGCUAGAAACAAAAACAUACUAUCUGUGGCGACAAAUCAUCAUUAUCAAAACACGGGCUUGCAAGACAUUGAUGUAUAAAUACAUUUAAAAACGGGGCUUCCUUCAAGCUUGAUUUGGCCGGCGCUGCGUUGAUAAAAUGACAAAUAUUCGUCGUGAUAAUUCUCAAAGUUUAUCAAAAGCUUGGAUUGCACUGAGGAGACUUGAUAAAAACGAUGACAGAGUCAUUGCAUUGCAAGAGGUCACCAUUCCAAAGGGUAUGGAGGCCACUACAGUUAAACAGAUCAUAACACAUUUGUUUGGAUUGAAUUCUGCUAAUGUGACACAGACAUUUAAGAUAAGAAACCACAAGGGCUGUCUGAUUCCAUUCAACAGCUUUAUACCAGUCAACAGCAAGCACAUGCCAUAUGUGCUGGAAGUGGCAACAGUCUUUCAGCAUGUCAUUCCAAAACCACGGACCAUUGCCAUGACAGUAAUCAAUAAAAGUAUGCGAACAAGACUACAAGGUGUUGUCAGAAGGAUAGUGAGACUUGAAGAACUGUUUCCUCAGAUUAAAUUAAGACGUCAUGAGAAAAUUUAUCAGGAAAUAGAGUUGCUGAACCAACAGUUGAGAUUUCUUCAUAAAAGAAUGCAGAUGGCUGAUUCUCACAGCUGGAUGGGGAUGUUCAUCAGAACCCCUAUGUGGUAAAACAAAACACCUAAGCCCAACAUGUUUUAUGUACUUUCCAUUUGUUUAUACUGUCAAUUUUACCAUAGCCAUAUGAGCAGAUUUAAGAGUAAUGGUAAAUCUGAUUAAUAUAUACCUAGUAUGACAUUGUAUUAUUUGAUGUUAUCUGCAGUGUAGCAUAUCUUGAAAAUGUAUGAGUUUGAGUGGUGUAGAAAAUCAAUUUGCUGUUGGAAAUACUUGGUAUAAAAUGUUCACCCCCCCCCCCCAAAAAAAAAAUAAA